AUGGCCACUGCGCAGCACUACGUUUGGGCUGGCGGACACUUCGUCUUGCUGUUCGCCGCACUGCGAUACAUCCUGUUCUCGCUCCUCUACCGCCACCCUUCUGUCUACUUCUACAGGACUGCCUUCAUAGGGGCGCUUGCGAGCUACGUUAUCGUUUGCCAAAAGUCGCUCGGCAUUCCCCAAGCUCACGGAGCGUAUCUACGCCGCGCGCUUGCGGACGAGAACGUUCAAUAUCUGCUCCUUGCUCUAUUCUGGUUUACGUCGCGACCUGUCACCGUCGCGCUGCUGCCCUAUGUCAUUUUCUCUACCUUCCACGCCUUGACGUUCGUACGCACGACCGUUAUCCCUAUGGUAGCCGCUCCCGGUCCUCCGGCGACGGCUGGCGGCCCUCCGACGCCUCACCCCAUCGCUAAGAAGCUCCAGACCUGGGUCAAAGAACACUACGAUCAGGCUAUGCGCAUCGUCGCUUACGCUGAGUGUGCGAUCCUUGCCCGCGUCGCUGUUGGCGCUCUCCUCCGGCAGAACUCGUUCCUCACCCCGAUCAUCUUCGCGCACUUCCUCCGCAUGCGCUACUUCCAAUCUCCCUUUACCAAGGCUGCCCUCGGCCGCGUCAUCUACUACAUUGACGACUUUGCCAACAAGCCUGAUUCCCCGCCCAUGGCCAAGCAGGUGUGGGGUACCGUGCAGCAGUUGGUUGGCCGCUGGACCGGCGCUACGAUGCCGCCGCGCACCGCGAACGCCGCAGCUCCUGCCGCCGCCGCUCGCUGA